AUGGAAGACCAGAACAAAAGGCGGCUUGGAAUUAUCACUGCAUCAGUAGGUAUGAUAAUCCUUUUUGCAUGGAUAACAGUUUUGUUUGUUAGAUUCGUCCAAAAAGCCAUUUUACGUCCUUCAUUACCUUUAAUCUUAUACUUCGUAGCAAUUAUCAUCGUUGAAAUUGCACUUUCAGCACUACUACUCAUAUUUACCAAGUCAAACAAUCCAUGGGCUCACUUCUGGAUGGCAAUUUUGGGAGGACUCCUCACAGCAAUCUCUAUUCUUAACUUUGUUACAUAUACAUUUGCCAAAAAUACGCUAGUCUACACUUAUAAGCACUUAUGGACCAAUGACAACAUGCAACAAUAUGGAAUUACUAUCGAAGAUAAGUUUGACUGCUGUGGAUAUGAUGACACAACAUACGCAUUAUCAAGCAACACAUCAAGAUGCUACUUCUUUGUUCAAAAGCAAAAUUCGUGCUCUGUUAAACUUCUCAAUUUCUUCUUCAAUCAAUGGAAUCUGAUUACUGGCAUUACUCUCAACGUUUUAGCUAUAAUAGCAUUCCUAAUGUUUGUAAUUAUCGAAUUAGGAAGAAUUGAUUUCGAUAGAGCUGAUUAUGAUAAGCUUCAGCUCCGCCCAAUUCAAGACUUUUAA